UAGGUUUUCCAUUUUCUGUCUAAUUGUUUUAAAUCUUCUCUUUUUCCAUGCUAAUAUAAAAAAAAUAUUUAUUUAUCCAUUUUAUGAUGCUAUGCGUAUGAUGGAAUAUGGACAAUGCUCGAUACAAAUGGAUUUAUGACAAAUACUGGAUUUUCAACAUUGGGUUUCAUAUGUACCGUAUAAUUAAUUGCUUAUACGGCUAUUGCUUUUUCUACAAUUAUCUGAAUUGGAACUCAAUACAUGCAAUUGUUUUCCAAAAAAAAAAAGUUUGUAUGAAACCAAAAUUGACACUUUAAUUGGCAUAAUAAAAAAAUAAAUAUAUAUAAUUAAAUAAUUCCAUAUUGGCUCUUGAAUUCGAUUCGGCACAAAAAAAAAAUAGUGAUUGGCGUUACCGAUGUUAUGUUAUCCAUGUUAGGACAUUAGUGAUUGCCGUUACUGUACUGGUACAACACAGUACUUGGCCGUAGUGACCUAAUUUUUUAGGGACACAGUCAGUCAAUGGGGGAGGAGUCACAUAUGCAUAAAUAGUUGCUUGACUGUGCAAAUCUCACUAGAAAUUAUUGUGGUUCAAAAUUACACCAGGCCCUAGGGAUGAAAAUAAAUCCUACGGUACGAACAAUUUGAAAAAAUAGAAAAUAUCAUUAUUGACAUUUUAUCUUUACUGCAUUGAAAAUAGAAAUACUUUUGAAAUUCAAACAAAAAUAUUUAACUGUACCAAUAAUAUUAUUCAUAUCAAGUCUACAUGGAAUCUGCUUGCAGUAGUGAAGUUGAAAUUCAUUCCUCAAGAAUAAGAAAACAACCUAAAAAUUGUCGAUGUGAAGAACACAAAGUGGAAUUUAAAAAACGAAAAUCAUUUAAAAAAAAAUUUUGUUUCAUAUGUGGGCAAUUGUUGACCAUUACCGAUAGUUUGAAAAAACAUUUGCGGACUCACAUUGAGGAAAAACCACCUGAACCAAGAUCAUUAAAGAAAUAUGUGCCACAUCUUCCUUGUGUAAUAUGUGGGCAAUUGUGUUCCAAUAUUGAUAGUUUGAAAAAGCAUUUGCGGAAUCACAUUGAAGAUAAACCACCUAAACCGAGAUCAUUAAAGAAAUAUUUGCCAGCACGUACUUGUGAAAUAUGUGGGAAGUUAUCGGCCAAUAUCAAUAGUCUGAAAGAGCAUAUGCGAAUUCACACUGGAGAGAAACCAUACUCUUGUGUGAUAUGUGAAAGGAGUUUUUCUGUACUUUGUAGCUUGAAACGACAUAUGAAAACCCACAGUAAAGAACGACCACAUUCUUGUGAAACAUGUGGGAGAUGUUUUGCGGAAUCAAGUUCUUUAAAAAGACACGCAAGAAUUCACACCGGAGAAAAACCAUACUCUUGUGAAAUAUGUGACAGGGCCUUUGCAAUAUCUAGUAGCUUAAGACGGCAUAUGAAAACACAUACUGGAGAAAAACCAUAUUCUUGUGAAAUAUGUGGAAAAUGUUUUACAGAAAGAAAUUCUUUAAAAUAUCACAUUAGAAAUCACAAUGUAGAGAAACCACAAUUUUCUGAAACAUGGGAGGAAUGUUUUGCAGAAACAAGCUUGCUGGAAGUAAGUAAAAUGACUUGCUCUGAAGAAAAUAAUUUUACAGAAACAAGUUUUUUGGAAGGACAAAAAAGAACUCACUCCGGCGAUAGUAGUUUUACAAAGACAAGCUGUUUUGAAGAACUUAAAAAAACUCGCUCCGGUGACAAUAGUUCUACAGAAACAAGUUUUUCAAAAGAGCAUGAAAGAACUUACUCUGGAGAUAAUAGUUUCACAGAAACAAGCUCUUUUGAAGAACAUAAGACAACUCACCCUGGAGAAAAUAAUUUUACUGAUAUAAGCUAUUUAGAAGAGUAUAAAAGGAUACACUCUGGAGAUAAAACCUAUCCUUGUGAUACCUGCGGAAAAUGUUUUAUUGAAGCAAGCUCUUUGAAACGACAUAUAAGAAUUCAUACUGGAGAAAAACCAUAUUGUUGUGAAACAUGUGGGAAAGGAUUUUCGGUUUCAAGUUCUUUGAAACAACAUAUGAUAACACAUACUAAUGAAAAGCCACAUUCUUGUGAAACAUGUGGUAAAUGUUUUUCUAUGCUAGGUUCUCUGAAACGACAUUUAAGAAUUCAUACUGGAGAAAAACCACACACAUGUGAAAUAUGUGAUCGAUGCUUUACAGUAUCUAGUAGUUUGAAACGACACAUGCAAACCCAUACUGGAAAGAAAUCGUUUGAAGUUUCAUUAUCGAUGGUUCUACAACGCUGAAAAUUAGAAUUUCACAGCCGAUGAUGGCCUGGUUAAUUAAAGCAUCAGAUGUAAUCAUGAAGGCUAACUUGAAAGAUUCUGCUCCUUCCAGAUCAUGUAGUACUCGGUUCGGUAACCAUUAGCAUUGAAAGAGUCAUUUAACAUUCAUUCAAUCAAACUCAAACCUAUUCGGAGCCGCAACACCCACUCUAGUGUCAGUGGCAAUUAAAACUCCCAGACAACCACAUGAUGCAACAAUCUAUAAUAAUGUGUUAUUAGUGAGGAGUAGUUAACUUUAUGCCUCCUUUUGCAUUGAAUCCUUACAGAUUCUAACAAAAAACUGCUGUAACCCCUUUUAUUCACGGGAGCCGGAGCUCUGAGAACAAAAAUCUGAAUGUGGCUUCGGAGAUACAGGUGCAGAUCGCUGAUUAAACAGCACCUAACAAGCAGUGGAUGCUUGUACAGAGCCUUGUUCAGAGUGGAAGGCAUAUAAAUACAUGCUAUAAAAAAAAAUUUGGGGCAAGUGCUUUAUAUCUGAUGAUAUAUGUAAAUUCAUGCGAUAGUAUAUGAGCAGUGUCAGUACACUGGCAAAGCACUUGCGAAUUGGUAUUGAAAAAAAGUCAUUACUCUGUUAAAUAAACCUUUUCUUGAACCAUGUUUGGUGUCCAACACUGACUAAGCAUAGCUCAGGUAUUGGAGUUGGUGGAAUAUUAAAUGUAGGAACUGAAUUGUUCCAGCUCCUAACUAUCUAAAUGUAAUUAUUUGUAAUUUCCUAAUAAUUUAUUCCAACACUAAUUUGUUUUUAAUCCCUGCUAUUAUCUCAAGUAUUAGGUUGAAUUUGUACAUUUAAAAAAUUAAUUUCAAAAUUUGAAAAAUCCCACUUCUGUUAAACUGCACUUGGGCUAAUGACACUCAAUGGCCUUCGGGCUCCUGAUACAAGUGAAAAAUUUCAAACACGUCCCAGCCCUGCUUGAUUAAAUAAAGGAUGUCGGUCAUAAAGUGCAGAACUUUUCUUUCUGGAUUCAGACCAAGGAUGUCCAAAACGAAUUCAAUAUUUGAAUACGUUUGGAAUUGGUUAUAUUAAAUUCCCAAUAUUAGGAAUAAUUUAGAAUUUUAUCAUUUGAUUUUUUUCUUUUGAGGAUUUAUUAUCUUAUGAUACAAUAAAAAUUAGUAACUUUAGACAAAAUGAAAUACAAUGUUAGUCUAAAUUAUUCUGCAUGACUAAAUUUGAUUUUUACAAUUUAUAUGUGUCUUUGAGAAUUUUCUUGUUGAAUGGACCCAUUACAGGAUAUAUUCAAUAAAUACUUAAUAAACGGUUCGGCAUCGCUGAUUAAUAACCACAGUUAAUGUUUUCGUUUUUUUAUUUUGUUAGUGUGUGAGUGAACAAGCCCAAUGUUCUUUUUGUUGCUUCCUCCGAUUUCAUAUAUUUUACUUUAUGGUGUUAUUGAUGCUUUUCUAUUUUGUUGUUUAUCAUUGUAUUAAAAUUUUGCUAUGAGUAUAUAAUUGUAUCCUA